CACUCCCGCUGUCUCCAUUCACACACUGGACACAUCACAGUGUCUUUACCGGGAGCGAGCAGCGCUGCAACAGACUGGAGACUGACGCGUCCCGGCUCUCUGAAAGGGACAAAACAAAAACACCGACAAAAACGGGAAAACAUUAAGAAAUCUCAGUUUCACCGUUAUAAAGACGGCUGGAUGUUCUGUUUCCCUCCGGGAGUGGAUUAAAGGGAAUUUCAUUGUGAACACGAGGGGGGAGAAUGUCCAAAAUGGAGGUAAAGACAUCACUUCUUGACAACAUGAUAGGGGUCGGCGACAUGGUCCUGCUUGAGCCCCUAUCAGAGGAAACCUUCAUCGGGAACCUAAAGAAACGCUUUGAGCACAAUGAGAUCUAUACAUAUAUUGGUAGUGUGGUGAUUUCUAUGAACCCUUACAAGUCUCUGCCAAUCUACACAGCAGACAAAGUAGAAGAGUACCGCAACAGGAACUUCUAUGAACUCAGCCCUCACAUUUAUGCUCUGGCAGAUGAAGCUUAUCGGUCUCUUCGGGAUCAAGAUAAGGACCAGUGCAUCCUCAUUACUGGAGAAAGUGGUGCAGGAAAGACUGAGGCCAGUAAGCUGGUGAUGUCAUAUGUGGCUGCAGUGUGUGGGAAGGGCCAGGAGGUGAACAAGGUGAAAGAGCAACUGCUGCAAUCCAAUCCUGUACUGGAGGCUUUUGGGAAUGCCAAAACUGUGAGGAAUGACAACUCUUCUCGAUUUGGGAAGUACAUGGACAUUGAGUUUGACUUCAAAGGAGAUCCAUUGGGUGGCGUCAUCAGUAACUAUCUUUUGGAGAAAUCUCGUGUUGUGAAGCAGCCACGAGGAGAGAGAAACUUCCACAUCUUUUAUCAGCUGUUAUCUGGAGCAUCAGAUGAAACACUCAAAAAACUAAAGUUGGACAGAGAUUUCAGCAAAUAUAAUUAUCUAAGUCUUGACUCUGCCACAGUCAAUGGACUUGAUGAUGCUGCAAAUUUCAGGACUGUUAGGAAUGCCAUGCAGAUUGUGGGUUUCAUGGAGGACGAGGUGCAGUCAGUGCUGGAGCUGGUGGCUGCUGUGCUCAAGCUGGGCAACAUAGAGUUCAAACCUGAGUCACGUGUCAACGGCUUCGAUGAGAGCCGGGUUAAGGACAAGAACGAUCUGAAGGAGAUGUGUGAGCUGUUGGGCAUUGAUCAGUCAGUGCUGGAACGGGCCUUCAGUUUUCGCACUGUGGAAGCUAAGAUGGAGAAAGUUUCAACAACACUCAAUGUUGCUCAGGCCUAUUAUGCACGUGAUGCACUUGCCAAAAACUUAUAUAGCCGCAUGUUCAGUUGGCUGGUGAACCGAAUAAAUGAAAGCAUCAAGGCUCAGACCAAAGCCCGGAAGAAGGUUAUGGGGGUCCUGGAUAUUUACGGUUUUGAGAUCUUUGAGGACAACAGCUUUGAGCAGUUCAUCAUCAACUACUGCAAUGAGAAACUUCAGCAGAUCUUCAUCGAGCUCACCCUGCGUGAGGAGCAGGAGGAGUAUGUGCGUGAGGGCAUUGAAUGGACUAACAUUGAAUAUUUCAACAAUGCCAUCAUCUGUGACCUCAUUGAAAAUAACCAGAAUGGGAUCUUGGCCAUGCUCGAUGAGGAGUGUCUGCGGCCCGGGACUGUGACAGACGAAACCUUCUUGGACAAGCUGAACACUGUUUGUGCUGAACAUCAGCACUUUGAGAGCCGUCUGAGCAAAAACUCAAAGUUCCUCACAGACCACAGUUUGCCUCAUAACUGCUUUCGCAUCCAACACUAUGCUGGCAAGGUGCUGUAUCGGGUAGAGGGGUUUGUGGACAAAAACAAUGACCUACUGUACAGAGACCUGUCCCAGGCUAUGUACAAGGCAAACCACAGCUUGAUGAAAUUACUUUUCCCAGAGGGCAACCCUGCUAAAGUUAACCUGAAGAGGCCUCCUACUGCUGGAUUCCAGUUCAGAGCCUCAGUGAGCACACUCAUGAGGAACCUACAGACCAAGAACCCUAACUACAUUAGAUGCAUCAAACCCAAUGACAAAAAGUCAGCCCAAAUCUUCACAGAUUCACUGGUGUGCCACCAAGUGCACUACCUGGGCCUGAUGGAGAAUGUGCGUGUUAGACGGGCUGGAUACGCCUUUCGCCAGGCUUAUGAGCCCUGUCUGGAGCGCUACAAGAUGCUGUGCAAGCAGACCUGGCCUCACUGGAAAGGCCCUGCCAGGGAAGGUGUGGAGGUUCUCCUGAAAAACUUGGAGGUACCUGAAGAAGAGUUCUCUUAUGGGCGCUCCAAGAUCUUCAUCCGGAAUCCCAGAACUCUCUUUUUCCUGGAGGAGAAGAGAAGGCAGUGUCUGGAGGACUUGGCUACACUCAUCCAGAAGAUCUAUCGUGGCUGGAAGUGUCGCACGCAUUUCCUGCUCCUGAAGAAGAGUCAGGUGGUGGUGGCCGCUUGGUACCGCAGAUAUGCUCAACAAAAGAAAUACCAGAAGAUCAAGAGCUCCUCCAUAGUGGUUCAGUCUUUCAUCAGAGGAUGGAAGGCCCGCAAGAUGCUGCGUGAACUAAAAUACCAGAAGAGAUGCAAAGAAGCAGUGACCACUAUUGCCGCCUACUGGCAUGGAACACAGGCUCGCUGGGAACUGAAGCGUCUGAAGGAGGAGAUUCGGAAUAAAUACGCCGUGUCUGCCAUUUGGGCAGCCUGGUUGGGAAUGAAGGCUCGGCGAGAACUGCGGCGCUUAAAGCAUGAGGCUCGGAGUAAACACGCCGUGUCCAUCAUAUGGGCCGGCUGGCAAGGAACUAAGGCACGCAGAGAGCUAAAACGACUGAAGGAGGAGGCCAGGCGUAAGCAUGCUGUCGCGGUCAUUUGGGCGUACUGGUUGGGACUCAAGGUCCGAAGAGAAUACAGGAAAUUCUUCAGAGCAAAUGCUGGCAAGAAAAUCUAUGACUUCAUUAUGCAGAGAAUUAUGCAGAAGUACUUCACUGGUUUGAAGAACACAUUGCCUUCAAUGUCACCAAUUGAUAAGAGCUGGCCAUCGAGAUCUUACCUGUUCCUGGAGGGCACACAUGAGGAACUCCGAAAGAUCUUCCAUCUAUGGAGGUGCAAGAAAUACAGAAGCCAGUUUACAGAAGAGAAGAAAGCCAUCUAUGAGGAGAAACUGGAAGCAAGUAAGAUCUUCAAAGACAAGAAGGCUCUGUACCCCACCAGUGUGGGACAGCCAUUCAAAGGAGAUUAUCUGGAUAUUAAGAAAAACCCUAAGUACCAGAAGCUAAACAGCGUGGUAGAUGAGAAGGUGCUUCUUGCAGAUGUGGUCAAUAAAAUCAACAGGGCCAAUGGCAAGGGUGCUUCAAGAAUCUUCCUCCUCACCAAGAAAAACUUUAUUCUUGCUGAUCAGAAGACUGGCCAGUUGAAGGCCAGCGUACCGCUUCCUGAUCUCGCCAGUGUCUCUGUCAGCACACAGAAUGAUGGGUUCUUUGCUCUCAAACUCAAAGAGGGCACUGUAUCAGCAGCCAAAGGUGACUUCUUGCUGAGCAGUGAUCGAUUAAUAGAGAUCAUCACCAAGAUCUAUCGCACAGGGGCUGCUUCAGCCGACAUGGAGCCAAUCAGUGUUGACAUCUCAGAUGAAUUCCUUGUGCAGUUCAAACAGGAUAAAGUGUGCGUCAAAUUCAUCCAAGGUGGACCCAAGAGCAGCAAUCAAGUCACAUGCAAGCGUAAAAACAACCGGCUCCUGGAGGUGUCUGUUCCAUCCCCUUAAUGACCGAUCAUCUUCACUCCCUCUCAGGGUGCCAUUUCUGUGACUCUUCACUGUCAAACCCAAACUUAAACACUUUUCUUAAAUGACUUGUGCAUUACUUAAUGAUGCUCUUGUCAUUGCCAUAUCUUAUAUUUUUUAAAAUAAUUAAUAAGUGCAUUGUUAAGACUCAAAUAUUCCAUACAGCAGUAUUUGGGUACAUAAGGCAGAUCUCAUAUUUACAUUAGGAUAGAGAUGGGAGAUGAUGCUUUCCAUACCAUGAUCGAGUAGAGUGCAUUAAAUGUCCAGUUUAAUCAAGGCAUUAAUAAUAACAGUUGUGAUUACGAUGCUAAAGAUGUUUGAUGUCACGUGUCAGGGCAUCAUGUACAUGUGAAUGGGCUGAAAAAAUGAGCAGAAACUAAGGUUGCACUUGUUUUGUUUACAAAAGGGUAAGAAAAGACAUUUUGAUUUUGACAGUUUGUCUUUGCUUUCUUUUUUGUUUUGUUUUGUUUUUUACCCCUAGACAUCUUUAUUCUCACAGUGCACAAUUUUGUAGCUAAAUUGCCAAAGUUUUAUAAUUUUGCAACAAUUAUUUAAAAAGCCAAAUAACUUAAAAUUCGUACAGCCUGAAGGUAAACUCAGAAAACCCAAAGGCCUUUCGAAUCUUGUGUUUGCUCAAAAUGUACCUUUUCAAAAUGGGAAAUAAUAUUUUGUAUACUAUUAUCUUUUCAUAAUAGUGCUCUUGUGCAAAAUGUAGUUCAGCUGCAAUCCAGACUCGUGCACAAACUGACAAUGCCAUGUUUCAUCUCUCAGAGGAUUCUGCUUCUUCACCCUGCUGUGUUUAGGAAAUAUCUGUGAAACUGACAGCUACAGUGCUCAGGAAGACCUUGCAGAAAAAUCAUAGUACCACCGUAACUCCCACAAUGUGCUUGAUUGACAUUCUCAGUUCUCUGAAUGGAGCGAUGUCAGCUUUAGUCAAGAACUUGAUCAGUGCUUUUGGCAUGCUGAACUGAUUUUUAAGGGAAUUAGAUUAGUUAGUAUGAUGUCUAACUUCAGGAAAUGACACAAAGGAAUCUAUGUACAUCAGAGAUUAAACUUUCCUGUUUUCCCAAAAAAAAAAAAAA